AUGCUCAAAAAGAUGUCUCCAGCACUCAAGUUUUAUGACAUUGGCGUGAAUCUGACUGAUCCCAUGUACCAGGGGAUCUACAACGGUAAAAAAUAUCACGAAUGUGAUAUCAAAAAUGUCUUGCAUAGAGCUAAAGUAUCAAAAGUUCAAAACUUAUUGCUGACCGGAUCAUCCAUCCAGGAAUCUCGAAGCGCAAUCCAGUUGGCACAUCAAUAUCGCAACGAAGAUACAAAUUUAUUCUACACACUCGGGGUACAUCCUUGCUGUGUCAAUGAGUUUAUUCUAAAAGAUACACAAUCUACCAUCGACAAUCCAACGGAUGAUAUCGAUUUUAAUGAAAAGCUAGACGUCAUCGAUCUCAAUUUCACCAAAUCAAAACUGCGAGAACUUUACGGACUUAUUGCUGAAAGCUGCAAAGACAAUCAAUUCCGUGCUAUUGGUGAAAUCGGUCUUGACUACGACCGGUUUUAUUAUUCAUCCAAAAAGAUGCAACUGCUAUUUUUCGAGGAACAGCUCAAACUAAGCUGUUUUUUUCCUAGCUUGCCUUUAUUUUUGCAUAUGAGAAGCUGCUCUUCUGAUUUUGUUGCCGUGCUCAAAAAGUUUAUCCACGGCUUCGUGGAUACGUCUGACCGUUUCGAUUUUAAGGCAGAUUUGGAAACUGGCAAAAAUGACCAAUCCCACUUACCUUGUGUGAACAACGACGGUAAUGUUCACUACAAGUUUUCCCCUGAGCGCAAAUUUGUGACACACUCGUUUACUGGAAGUGUUCAAGAUAUGCAGAAUAUUUUAGCGCUGUCUAAAAACUCUUACAUUGGUAUGAAUGGAUGUUCUUUCAAGACCCAAGAAAAUAUCGAGUGUUUGAAGGAAGUGCCACUUGAUCGUCUCCUGCUAGAGACGGAUGCACCUUGGUGUGAUAUUCGCAGAACACACGAGUCCUAUAAACACCUAUUUGCUAAUAAUGAAGUUAGCACAGAAAAAGAUGAUCCUUGGGACUUUGGACUCUCUCAAGCGUAUCCUGAAGUCAAAGAGUGGUACAAGUCUGUGAAACGUGAUAAAUUGGAUAAAAAGCCGGUACAGGAUCGUGAACUACUUACAGUCAAGUCCAGAAAUGAACCGUGUUUCAUGGGUCAUGUCGCAACUGUCGUUGCAAGCGUUAAACAGGUUCCAAUCGAAGUUGUGGCGGAUCAGGUUUGGAAUGUUACGUGCGAAGUUUACGGGCAAUAA